CGGAGGCAUCUGGCGAACGUCAGCUUCUAGAUGAGACAGGCAGACUGUUCGAGUAUGUCGUCCGCUGUGUUUCUGACUCUAUUACUGCUCCUUGGGAAUGAAAUCCCUCAGUCUGAUGCUACUGAGGUCCAUGUGCUGGAUUCACGGAAUAAAUUAUGCCUCUAUGCUAACUUGAUGGUCACUUUCAAUGUCACCUUUGAAGCUGCUGCCAGCAUGACCAGGACAGUUCAGUUUGGACUUCCCAGCAAAGUGGAUUCAAGCAAAAGCUCCUGUGGUAAUAACACCUCCUUGCUAAAGCUUCAUUUUGGAAAUGGACACUCCUGGGGCAUGCUUUUCAAGAAAGCCAACCAAGUGUACAAAGCAGAGAGCAUCUUAUUUACCUACAACCUUAAGGACAAAAACCUUUUCCAAAACUCUGCAGUGAAUGGAAGGAAAACUGUCAUUCAAUCACCUCAUGAGUGAGGUGAGCGUGGACACAUACUAUCGCUGCAGAAGUGAGCUGGUGUUGAGUGUGGGCAAUGUUACUCAGACCAUGUGGAAUGUGUCACUUCAGGCUUUUGUCAAUGGAAACAGAAGUGACAAGGGUACUGAAUGUGAAGCAGAUGUCAGAACCUCCCCAUCUCCAACCACUAUGACUGAAGUAACUGCUCUCCUGACCACACCUGGGUCUAUGCCUAGCCCAUCACUGGCUGUGGGCAACUACAGUGUGUCUGGGGGGGUGAACAGCACCAUCUGUCUGUUAGCAACAAUGGGCCUGCAGAUCCAGUAUAAGGACCAAGUGAGUGUAAACCUUGACCCCAGCAGAACCAGAGCUACUGGGAGCUGUGGGUUUAACAAAACUGAAGUGUCCCUCUUGUUGUCCUUUGGCAAAGGAUCCAUUGAAUUCACUUUCUUAGAGGAAGGAGGAAAAUUUCACCUGCAUGCUGUAAAUGUAUCCAUAACUAUGACCAAUGGGAUGGUGUUCCACACUGGUGCUGCAAACCUGUCUCUCUGGACUGCCUCUGUGGGCAUGUCCUUCAUGUGCAAGAAAGAGCUGACUCUCAACAUGACCAACAGCCUUUCCCUCCACACGGUGAACCUGCAUGUGCAGCCAUUUGCGGUGCAGAAUGGCGCAUUUGCUGCAGCUCUUGAUUGUUCCAUGGAUGACACAAGCAUGUUAAUCCCUGUAAUUGUAGGGGCCAUUCUUGGUGGCUUGAUUUUCAUUCUGAUAGUUGCAUUUCUGAUUGGUGGCAAGAAGAGCUCCCCUGGUUACCAAACCCUUUAAAAUGGCCAUGUGUGGUUUAUAUCAUGAUUUAACCAUGAUCAGGGUUUUGAGAGCUUUGAGGCACUUACAUUUUACAGGUACCAGUUUCCAGAAGAUGGGAUGUAUACAACAGAGGUUUUGAGGCUCCUUUAAGUGGAACUUUGUUUCAAAAUAUGAAAUAUUUGACUUUCAAAUCCAUCCUGACCUGGAACUGAAUGCCUUUUAUUGGUGUACUAUGAGCAAGAGGCAGGGCCAAAAUGACAUUGAUAAAAUUUUGAUUUCUCCUGAAAGCAGCACAUAUCCUUUUUCCCUACUUGAAAAAGGGAUGUGCUUAACAGCAGGCAGAGCAUGUAGACAUUUUCUCUGAAGCAUCUGGGGCAUCAAACUGUUGUGGACCUUUAUAAUUCAUUUAAAUUAAAUAAAAAUUGUUUUA